CAUGAUGACGCAGUGACAACACGGAACUGUAACGGCGUGUUUAUAUCCAGCUGCGCUGCUACAUUCAGAAGCCCACUGGAAAUCCUGCUAAUUUAAGCCUUGGCGGCUAGCUGACCUGCCGGCCGUAGUGCCGCUGAGCAAACUGCUGAUGACACGUGAGUAGAGUUCAGGGAUGGGCCCGAGGAGUCGGAUAUUAUUUUUCUGGGUGUAAGUUAAUAGCCCGUUAAGCUAAAGCUAAUAACGUUAGCCAAUGUCUCCUCAAGAGUGUAGCUAGCGUUCGCUAAACCUGGUUUCCAUUAUCGGGCACAAGGGAUUCAAUUUGUUAGUAGUUGUUCCAAAGUGUAACGUGUCUCUCAUCCGCUGUUUUAAUCCAGCGCAUUUAGACCCCUGCUUCACUGUCCACGUACUUCACUCACUGAAUGUCACCCGAGACUGCGUCUAAAAACGGAAAACAAAUGAUUAUCUCUUCAAUACGCCACGAUAGUCCAUUCAAAGGAAUGGUCACGCGAACUGUUGUGAGGGGGGGUUGAGUAACAGGUGACUUCAUCGGGUAAAGUUGAAAAGAAACGCCUGUGAAAUAGCAGAUUUUUGAUUGGAGUUUGGCUACAGAUUAACGAAUGUAAUUGUAAAGUAAAUGGUUGACCUGCAUGAUUAUUAACGGGACACCUGACACCUGUCCUCGUGCCUCCCGAUUCACUCACCCAGGUUUUUGAUGAAUCAGCUGGUUCAGGAUCAGCAGCAGGACUGAGGUAAACCCUGACGUUGCUGUUCACAGAUUUGGAGGUCAAGCUGAGCGUAUCAUUAUUGAUACCAGUUUACCUUUUAUUGUUACUGUUAUUCCGUAUUAUUCAUUCUAUUAUUGAUAUGGCUAUUGAAACUAUUUGUCAUUGAUAUCAAUGUCAUUAUGUUGAUGCUAUUAUUUUAUAUUAUUAUUAUUCCUGUUAUAAAAAGAAACAACAGACUGUUAGGCUUUUGGCGGUUUGCAAAAAUUGCUCUUGGAUUUACUCUACACUCUGCAUUCACUCUGACAAUAUAUUCACACUUCCUGGUUGCAGUCUUAUUCCCUCAUCGUGCCCCUAGGACAUAUGGGUAAUGUAGUCCAAGGUAGGCAGAAUACUUACUGAACCAGAACGUUGUGAAUUAUACCCCUCAAAACUCACUCAUUGUCCUGACUGUUGGUGUCCACCACAGUAAUAACAUUAUUUUAAAUAAAUAUGACGGUCAGAAUCUUUAAGAUAGCAUUUUGUAGCUUACAAUGGCACCAUCAUUUUAUUUAGGACUAUAUGUGUGUAUUCUGAAUGGAAUGAUGUCAACUUGAUGUUGCUCCAAUUUUACGUCUCUCUCAGUGGUGUGAUGUGAGGCGAUGCCCGCUCGGCCGUCAUGGCCAGUGUCACCUUAAGGUAUUUCUGUUAUGGCUGCCUCGUCACCUCGGCAACCUGGUCCGUCCUCCUCUUCCUGUACUUCUCUCUGGGGGCGGAGCCAGGCCUCGGCAGGACCCCCAUGCAGCACCGCAGCCAGCCGAUCACCAAACUACCCAUUAACCGGAAGGCGGGGCUUCGGCCUCUGCUGGCCAAUGAGGGAGUGGAGCUGUCCCCAGAGAUGGGGAUGAUAUUUAACGAAGCGGAUCAGGAAGUGAGAGACAGCGGUUACCACAGACAUGCCUUCAACGUUCUCAUCUCCACCAGACUAGGAAACCACAGAGAGCUGCCGGACACCAGAGACUCGCAGUGCCGGGAUAAGGUUUACUCUCUGGCUCUACCUUCUGCCAGCGUAGUGAUCUGUUUCUUCAACGAGGCGUUGUCUGCCCUGCUGAGAACGGUCCACAGUGUGCUGGACCGGACGCCGGCUUAUCUGCUGCACGAGAUCAUCCUGGUGGAUGACCACAGUGAGCUGGAGGAGCUGAAGGACAACUUGGAUCGGUACAUAAAGAAGGAGCUGCAGGGGAAAGUUAAGCUGGUGAGGAACCGGAAGAGAGAAGGACUCAUAAGGGGACGCAUGAUCGGGGCCUCACAUGCAGCUGGGGAGGUGCUGGUCUUCCUGGACAGCCACUGCGAGGUGAACCAGGCGUGGCUUCAGCCUCUACUGGCCCCCAUCCAGAAGGACCGGCGCACCGUAGUCUGCCCAGUCAUCGACAUCAUCUCUGCCGACACACUGUCCUACUCUCCCUCCCCCAUUGUCAGGGGGGGUUUCAACUGGGGCCUGCACUUCAAGUGGGACCCUGUCCCCCCCGCUGAGCUCAACAAGCCCGAGGGAGCCACUGGACCCAUCAGGUCUCCCACCAUGGCAGGUGGUCUAUUCGCUAUGAACAGAAAGUAUUUUAACGAGCUCGGCCAAUACGACGCUGGCAUGGACAUCUGGGGCGGAGAAAAUCUGGAGAUCUCCUUCAGGAUCUGGAUGUGCGGGGGUCAGCUGCUCAUAAUCCCCUGCUCCAGAGUGGGUCACAUCUUCAGGAAGAGGCGACCCUACGGCUCGCCGGGGGGACAGGACACCAUGGCCCACAAUUCUCUGCGGCUAGCACACGUAUGGAUGGACGAGUACAAGGAGCAGUAUCUGUCCCUGCGUCCAGAGCUACACGAACGCGCCUACGGAGACGUUGGUGAGCGCGUGGCACUGAGGAAACGCCUGCAGUGUCACACCUUUCGCUGGUACCUGGACACGGUCUACCCCGAGAUGCAGAUUUUGGCCAACGGCAACAAGCAGCCGCCACUCUUCAUCAACAAGGGCCUGAGACGCCCCAAAGUGCUGCAGAGAGGACGGCUCCGCAACCUAGCAACCGGGCGUUGUCUGGUGGCCCAGGGCCGACCCAGUCAGAAGGGGGGAGUCGUUGUCCUGCGACCAUGUGACCCCAGAGAUCCUGAACAGGAGUGGGCCUACGAUGAGGAAAGUCAGCUGGUCCUGGCUGGUCUACUGUGCCUUGAUGUGUCUGAGGUCAGGACCUUUGACCCCCCCCGACUAAUGAAGUGUCACGGUUCGGGAGGGUCGCAGCAGUGGAGCCAAGGGAAGUCCAACCGUCUUUACCAGGUCUCGGUUGGUCAGUGUCUCUCCGUUGCUCAGCCAAUCGGGCCCAAAGGUUACGUCUCCAUGGCGAUAUGUGAUGCCUCUCAGGCCCAGCAGUGGCAGCUGGAGGUUUGAAGAGGAUAAAGCGCAGCGAGUUUAGUUAAAGACAAUCAGGUUUUAUGGACACUUUAUGGUGUUCGUCUUCACUUUUCAAAGCGGCUUUUAUGAACCAUCAGAUUUUAUUUAGUUUUCAUGUUUCUCUCUUUUUAAUCAGACCAGCUCCAACUGGACUUGUAAAACAACUGCCCUGGAAUACCCUGGAUUAAGAGUUUUUCAUUCCAGUGUGGAUUUUCAAGUGUUGAACGUGCUCCAAUGAACCUUGUGGACUGACGAGAGACAGUACACACUAUAGACUGCAAAGACAAUAUAGAUGUUAGAGUGUUUGGACGAAACAGACGAUGAACAAAACCCUUUUUAAAGUAAGAUUACUUUAAUCAGUAAUAGAUUACUUUGUAGGUGAUAGAAAACUUUGCGUUCAUUCUUAUAUUUAUAUACAAAAAAGACGAAACAGACAGUAGAGACAAGUCCUGAAUUUAUGGGUGUACCUGAAUAAAGACUUGUUGGUUGAUCGGAAUGACUCGUAACUCACUCGACGUCAAAUGAUUUAUGACAAUUAAAAAAAAAAAAAGUGAGUUAUGUCAUCAUAAAUAAACAACUACAAGUAAAGACAGUAAGUCAAUUUAUUCCAACAUCCGGGGGGAGGGGAGAGCUAGCUGGAAGCUAAGCUACCGAAUGCAUGGCGGGGCCAUGUAUGGCCACCAGCUGGCAGAGGUGUUCGUAGGAGGCUGUGGUUGUACACUAUAGCGGCAACGAUUAGUCGACGUAAUCGUUGCAGUAAAGGUUUAUCAAGUUGAACGUGGGAGAGAUGAAAUAGUCUGGUUGGGUUCGCUGAUGAGAUGCUCCCAAACAGGACAACGCAGCACCUGCAGGACCGAGUUGUAAUUUCACAGCAGCACGACGGCAACGCAGGAACAUUUAAGUCGCGAGCGUGCUGGAGCCACCAAGUCUUCUCCUCAUGGGUAAGUUUAGUUAACUAAAGUAACGUUAGCCUUAUUAACUUACCCUUAGAAAACAGAACAUCUGGUGGAGGAUGCUUGCUAACGCUGUUUCUGUUGUGUUAAAUGCAGGGUGGUAAAUUAUCGUAGCCUGUCUUUUCGUUUGUUCUGAAAAGUUAACGUUAACCUCCACGUAGCAUUUUUGGAACAAGAUUGUGGAAAAAAAUAAUUUCAUAUCAACACAAUUACGACAGUUCUAUUCUAGCAUAAUAAAACGAUGUGCUACUGUAACCUA